AUGGCGACCGAAGCCCCACCAGCCGUUCCUUUCGCGGAGCUAGUCACUCCCAGCGUCAAGCCUCAAGAGAUCUCGUUCACCUUGCCCAAAGCUUUGCAUACAACAGCACAUGUUCACUUGAACUUCUUGGGCCAUUGUGCCAUGGUAUUUCUGGCUACCUCAUCGCCAGGCGAUUCGGGCGGCUCUAUCAAACCCAUGGGAAGUUUCGUCUAUGCAAUGCCUGAUCGCACUUCAUCCAAGUCGACAAUAUCAACAACACUCUACACAUCACCAUCUAGCAUUGAAUACACAGCCCGCAUAGCCAAGAUCCUGGCUCGAAGAUUUUCCAUCCCGGUCUAUGUUGGCUGCAGUAUUGACCCACAUGGCAUGGGGUUGGAAGUCGCAGAGGAAAUGGAAGGGCUGACCAAGAUCAUCAACGUGAUCAUGGAGAAAUGGGAAGAGCACAAGCAGGACAGGGCUGGAAAUGCUAAAUAA